AUCUGUGCUGUGCUGUGUGCAUCUGUGAAUGGCGGGAACGGGCAAAACGACGUUGUUUCUACUCUUUUGUUUAUUUUUACUUGUUUUUCACUCGUGUUACAUUAUAAAAAAUUAUUUAGAUUUGAUUUAAAAAAACAAACUCAAGCCAUGGAGGAUAACCAAACAGUAUCAGUUUCAAAAGGUGUAUUUGUAUUUAAAAAUAAUUUUAAACCUCCCAAGCAACAUGGUAGACGCAAGAAGAAAAUAUUGUCAAAAGGGAAUAAUAAUUCUAGCUCAUUUUUCUCUUGUAACUUAUGGUAUCAACAUUAUUAUUCGUUAUGGAAUGUUAUAGAAGAGCAGAUAGAUGUCCUAAACUACAAUCUUUUUUCCUCUGUACUUAGCAAUCUUAUUGACUUUGUCAAAACAAGUCAUAAUGAUACUGUAAAGGAAAUACCAACAGCAGCUUUAUUUACUGGAAUUAACAUGCCAGAUCAUGCUGCACAAUUUGCAGCACUUUCGAAACAAUUGAAAGAAAGCAUAACUCCUCAUGUUGCUACACUGAAUAGUCAAAAUUGUCAAAAUAUUAAGUAUUUCAUGGAGAAUAUGAUUGGUCAGUUUAUUAAUGAUGAUGAAUAUUUAGAUGAGGAUGAAAAUGAAAGUGGAACAACACAAAUAAAGAAAACCCAACUGACAAUGUCUCUUCUCGAAAGUUGGUAUGAAAAAUUAAUUGAAAAGAAACCUUUAGUUGUGAUCAUUCCUGAUUUUGAAAGUUUCAAUCCACAAGUUCUUGAGAGGUUUAUCCUCAUUAUUAGUUGUUUCAGUAAUCUUCCAUUUGUGCUGGUUUUAGGGAUUGCAACUGAUAUGAAUACAUUACAUAGCUCUCUGCCUUAUAAGGUUUCAUCAAAAAUCAGAGUUAGAGUUUUUAACUCACAGAAAUCGAUUGAGUAUCUUAAUAAUGUUUUAGAGAAUGUAUUUUUCACAGAUAUGUGCCCUUUCCAGAUUGGUGGGAAAGUUUUUAAUUUGUUUAUGGAGGUUUUCCUGUUUUAUGAUUUGUCUGUCAGGAAUUUUAUUCAAAAUAUCAAGUAUGCUUGUGCUGACCACUUUACUUUUGGCAACGCCAUGACCUUAUGUCAUUUAAGUAAAGACGUAAUUGUAGAAACGCUUGAUGAAUUUACCAGCGAUGAUUUUGCAAGCAUUAGACAACUAUCAUCGUUUAAAAAAUUGGUUCAAAACACAUCUAGGGAUUUACAAGGGAAGCUGCUAGUAAACGACGAUUAUUUAAGUGAAGUGAUGGUUGAAAAAAUUUGCGAAAUCCAACAAUACAUUAAUAACUUUCAUCUAUUUUUAAAAUGCUUAUUGGUUCUUGUUGAAGAUUUGCCCCGGACUCCACUAGGAAAACAUGUAAGGGAAUUAUAUGCGGUAGCUACAUCAAGGAACAUAACUCAAACAGCAGAUUAUAAAGAAUGUAUGAAACUUCUCACGUUUCAGUCUAAGGAUGAACUUAGUGGUAAAUUACAAAAAAUUUCCGGUAUUUUACAGUCCCAAACGCUACAUGAGCGAGAUGGCACCAAUGAAGUUUUUAAACUAGUAACAAAAUGUAUAAACGAUUUGGAUAAUAUUGAUCAAAUGGAUGAAUCAGAGGAAAACAUGGAAGUUGCUGAAGAAACUGAGAAUCCUGUUGAUCUUAAAGUAGACAGUAGAGGCCAGUUUAGAAAGAAACUUCUUGAACUAUCUAAGCAUCAGAACAGAUCUCUGAAUAAAUACGAAAAGCUGAGAGAACAGAUUAUUGCAAUGUUAUCUUCAACAUUUGAAAAAUAUCUCAAAGAACCUGAGUGUUACUAUUUCCAUGAAAUUUUCUUUUACAACGACAUGAGCAUCAAGAAUUAUAUAAUAGGUCAACACAGAUCCGCUAUCCAUAACGCAUUGAAUGAUCCUCAUUUUUAUUUAAGGUGCAAAUGUUGUGAAACAGCCAACUCUACUUCAAUCAAGCCGUCCAUGCCAGAUAUUAGUAUAGCUUAUAAAUUACAUUUAGAAUAUGGCAAAAUGAUUAAUUUAUACGACUGGCUCCAGUCUUUCGUGAGUAUUGUUGAUCCAGAAAUAGUUACCCAGGGUUCUUCAAAGAUGGUAGUCAAACCUGAGUUACAAGCACGAUUUACACAGGCAGUUGCCGAAUUAGAGUAUCUUGGAUUCAUCAAAAGUUCUAAAAGAAAAACAGAUCACGUCCAGAGGUUAACUUGGGGCGGUUAGUGCCUUUAGUUGCAAUACUAAUUAAAGUUAUUUAUUUGGUUACUUAAAAUAUUUAUUUUUAUACUAAAAUUUUCUAAAAU